AUGGCCCUCCAAAAGGCGAGGGUCUUGCCCAAUUACAUUGGAAAAGGUUGUGAGAAUUGCUGGCAGAGUGCUUGGAAGGGAUCAGGCACCUACUUGACAGUGGCAGUGAAUGGUGCAGUAGCUGUGAUUGGGUAUAGCUCCAGAUACUUGACCUGGUACCCUUACCCUUACCCUCAAGGGUAUGAUACCCCUCUCAAAGUGAUUGAGAGGAUAUCUGUACCAGAUAUUCCUGUUAUGGUAUAUGUUUGUCAUUGGAUGCUUGAGGGCUUGUAUGGUGUGCCUGGACUUGUUGUGGGCCAAUUAUGCAACAAGACAAUGCUCAGUCAAGAGUAUUAUCAGUCGCAGGGCAUGCCUGAUUGUAUGAGAAAGCUUAAACGUGAAAAAACCUCCAACUACACACCCCUCCUAGGGUGGGUGAUCGGGUGUGCUGUUGAGAAGCAGGAUACUCCAAGUUGCUUGAAGCCAGACAACAAUAUCUUGAAAGUGUGGCAAGCCACAAGAGCCCAAGACCCACGCAAGCCUCUGUUGGCUGCAGUGUGCCUCAGAGCAAUUCCAAAGGCAAGUCGAGCUCUGUAA